ACGUUUAGUUUCGCUAACCUAAAAAUAUUGAGUGUUGUCUUGUCGGCGGCUUUACAAAUUCCCAAUUGAAGCAGUUUUAAAGAUUUUCGGAAAUUAAUAUUCGUAAUUAAAUAUACUAUGAGCCGCAAGGAAGCACUAUCCUCGUUCAUCCAGCAAAUCCACGGGCGCCCCGUUGUCGUAAAACUGAACAGCGGCGUCGAUUACAGAGGUGUGCUAGCCUGCUUAGAUGGCUACAUGAACAUAGCCCUCGAGCAAACGGAGGAGUAUGUGAACGGUCAGUUGAAGAACAAGUACGGAGAUGCAUUCAUCCGAGGAAACAAUGUGCUUUACAUCAGCACACAGAAACGCAGGAUAUGAUAGGCGGGAUAAUUUGUUAAGCUUAGGUGGUAAGGGAAAAUAAAAUUUAAUUUCUUACAUAA